AUGGCAGAGGAUGAUGAGAACGCUCUAUUGCAACCUCCUUCGGAAGAGGAGUACCCUACUAUUGAACGGCAACUCUCCUCCUACAACCCUCUUCAAACAUUCCACCUAGCCAAAGGUGAUCAAAAGCACUACCAACAGCAGUAUGGCGAUAUGUAUUUUUUGCGAUUAGCGGAGCUGAAGCCCGCUGUGGAAGAGAUUGCUGCGGAGGCAUGGAGUGAUAUAGUGAUAGCGGGGGAAAGCGUCAGGCGCGUCGACCGGGUUCUGGAUGUAAGACAGGGCGAGCUUUGCUGGGUUGCUGGAACAGUCUAUAUGGAUAUGCCAUUGAAACCCAAUAUUCUAGACGACAUAUCCAAAGACCAUUGGAUCUCAGCUCCUCCACCGCGCGAGAAAUACGUAUCUCCUACAGGCCAAGACCAAACCAUGCUUGAAGAUGAGUCAGGGCGGUUAAGGCUAAUUGGAACGCCCUUGCAAAUAUCUAUGCUGGUAACAGGUUGUAUUAUAGCAGUCAUGGGAACGGAGAAUGCAAAUGGUGAUUUCGAAGUUAUGGACAUGAAAGUACCGGAUCUCCCUCGGCAACCACAGCGAUGGGAACGCGAUGACGGCUCAGCUAUCUUGGCUAAUGGCGGAGGGAAGUCGGAAAGGAAAGAGCAGAAAGAACGUAAAGCAGGGGGGAAGGUGGCCAUAGUCAGCGGUCUGGGGAUCAACGGCGAAGAAGGCGAUACCUUGACUCUGGAUCUCCUCAUGGAAUACCUUCUGGGCGAGGCAUGUGGCCAAUCGACUCAGCACGAGGUUGGAAAGAUCUCACGACUCAUCAUAGCCGGCAACUCAAUCAGUGAAGGCAUGCCAUUAGAUUCUAGAGACGAGCUUACGGACAAAAAGUCAAGCAAGAAGUACGGCUACGACUCUUCCGCCUACAAUCCCGCCCCGACCGUGCGUCUUGAUGAGUUCUUGGCCAGUCUUCUACCCUCCAUACCCAUCACGCUUCUGCCCGGGGGAAGCGACCCAGCAAAUAUUUCGCUACCGCAGCAGCCAAUACAUCCCGCCAUGUUUCCACAUAGCAGAGCCUAUACGCCAAUGCCAGGAUCGCAGGGGCCAGGAUGGUUUGAUAGCGUCACAAACCCGUGGGAAGGCGAUGUGGAUGGCUGGAGAUUGAUGGGAAAUGGGGGCCAACCAAUUGACGAUGUGUUCAAGUACGUGGAGGGAGACGAGCGGUUGGAGAUGAUGGAAAACCUCCUAAGAUGGAGAUGUGGAGCUCCUACUGCGCCAGAUACACUAUGGUGCUACCCUUUUCAGGACAAGGACCAGUUCGUCAUCGGAGAGUGUCCGCAUGUCUAUUUCGUGGGCAGCCAGCCAGCCUUCGAAACGGCCAUCAUUGAUGGCCCAGUGGGACAGUCAGUACGACUGAUCGCUGUGCCGAAAUUCAAAGAGACGGGAGAAGUGGUUCUGCUCGAUAUGGAUACUCUGGAAGUUGAGACUGUCAAGUUUGAAGUUUUCAACGAGACAUGA